AUGAUGGCAACAAACAAUACUUCACAAACACAAAGAAUUGUUCAAAACCAAAUCAACUUUCUGACCAGCAGCAUUGAUGAUGUUACAGGUUUUGUGCACAGAUGGAGAAGAACACACAUAGCAAAUUUGUUAACUAAUUACAAUGAAGACCUCCAGUUCAAACAGAGCUUGUUAGUUCAACUCUCAACACAAGAAACGAAAGAAGGUGAAGCAAAAGAAGCAUUAACAAAGCAGCUUAAUGAAGAACGAGCAAAAGUUGCCGAAUCGGAAGAAAAGUUCAAGAAUGAAUUAGACAGCUGUGAAGAGCAAAUCAAUGAGCUCAACGCAAGAAACAAGAAAUUAUCCAAAAUGUUGAAGCAGAUGAUUCAAUUCGUCAAGAGCCAAAAGCAUGCAUUCUUUGGUUAUUUAGCGGAACGGGCUGGUGAUAAUCCGAUGACUUGGGCAGCCUAUCAAGAAAUUCUUGACAACUUAGAUGAUGAUACAUUAGAAGAUCGUCUUGCUACGCUUGCUUUAGAAGAUCGUAAGUGA